UUGGGUGAACGCAAAUGGGGCGGAGUAAAAGACUUUCCCUGUGCUCACGUUGGGCCUAUGAUCUCUUCUCUUGCUGAUCCAGUGACGCAUUUUUUUCACGCAGCACGGGAAAGAAGAUGCCGAAUAUAAAGAUAUUCAGCGGGAGCUCACACCAGGACCUAUCCCAGAAAAUCGCAGACCGGCUGGGGCUCGAGCUGGGUCGUGUGGUCACCAAGAAGUUUAGCAACCAGGAGACGUGUGUUGAGAUUGGAGAGAGCGUACGGGGAGAGGACGUUUACAUUGUCCAGAGUGGCUGUGGGGAGAUAAAUGACAACUUAAUGGAACUUCUUAUCAUGAUAAAUGCAUGCAAGAUUGCGUCUGCAUGUCGUGUCACAGCUGUUAUACCCUGCUUUCCAUAUGCACGCCAGGACAAGAAGGACAAAUCUCGAGCUCCAAUCUCCGCUAAACUUGUUGCAAACAUGUUAUCUGUGGCUGGUGCUGAUCAUAUUAUUACUAUGGACCUUCAUGCAUCACAGAUACAGGGUUUCUUCGAUAUACCUGUGGAUAAUCUGUUUGCUGAACCAGCUGUCUUGAAGUGGAUUAGAGAGAAUAUUACAGAAUGGAAAACUUGUACCAUAGUGUCACCAGAUGCAGGUGGAGCCAAAAGAGUAACAUCAAUUGCUGACAGACUGAAUGUUGACUUUGCUUUAAUCCACAAGGAAAGGAAAAAAGCUAAUGAAGUAGACAGAAUGGUUCUUGUGGGGGAUGUGAAAGACAAAGUGGCUAUUCUUGUUGAUGAUAUGGCAGAUACUUGUGGAACUAUCUGUCAUGCUGCAGAUAAACUGCUAUCUGCUGGAGCCACCAAAGUAUAUGCAAUCUUGACACAUGGUAUAUUUUCUGGCCCAGCCAUUUCCCGGAUAAAUAAUGCAUGUUUUGAAGCUGUAGUGGUGACUAAUACUAUCCCUCAAGAGGAAAAGAUCAAACAUUGCUCUAAAAUUCAGGUCAUCGAUAUCUCUAUGAUCUUAGCUGAAGCCAUUCGCCGAACACACAAUGGGGAGUCUGUUUCUUAUCUGUUCAGCCAUGUUCCUUUAUAGCACCUAAUAACUAGAAAAUGUUGCCAAGCAUUGUGACUGACAUAUUUUGUUAUGUAUUUGUAAUGGUCUGCUUUGAGCCUUUCAUCAUUUUUCACUCCUCAUUGGCUAGGAUUUCCCACCUUUUCGUAAGAGAAGUGGGAGUGGUACUAAGUUUGCUGAAGGACCCCAUCGUUUAACUGCAGUGGAUUCAGGAAGUACGAAGAGUCCUCCAUAACUUUAUAUGUGUUUUAAUGAACUUGGUGGUAAUUUCUGCAUAGUCAGUUAUCUCCGGUUUAGUCAUUGGAUAUCUUUUAUGUUUGAAUUAAUUUUUUCCCUUUUAAAUAAAGCAGGCCACUUCUCAAUGAUGGAUGAUCUUACAGUGUAUUGCACUGCUUUUAAGGUUAAAUAUAGUUAAACUGUAAAGCAAACUCUGUAACUGAAUAGGUUAAACCAACGCUGUCCUAGUGAAAGAUGUUGAUCAAUAAACUUUUUGGCUUACCUC